GUACAGACGUCGUUACAGACUUCCGGUGAUGUGUUUUUGGUCGUAGCCACAAAAGUAAUGCAAAGACCAAAAGCACUAGAAAAAUUUGUAACUGCAAUCAAACCAGGUGAAUAUAUUUUGUCAAGAGAAGAAGCCGACUAUGUUCCAAGAAAUGCAGAUGUUUUGGUAGUUCAUAGAACUGGUCAGGAAUGUUUGGUACUUUUCCAAAACUGCAAACAAGAGGAGCCUACAAAGUAUAUACAAAUAACGUGGAAAAAUUACGAUUGGAUGAAGCCGCUAAAAGAGGCCUUAAAACAAGGUGAAAAUAUUGUUGUGUACAGUCAAAACGACGACAGUGAAGGUAUCACCGGUCUGAAAUUUUAUAAUGGACAAAGAUGUACAAUUUGAUCCAGAAUUAGCGUUUUAUAAACAACAACUUCGAAAAAAUCUUGCCGUCAAUAUUCUUAAAAACGGAAAGUGGGGAACUUACAGGCAUCUUCCUUUGGAUGACGUUGAGGAAGUGGAGAGUCAACAUACUUUUGUUACGCUUGGACUCAAAGGACAGCUGAAUACUCUGAAAUGGAUAGAGGGACCAUUGACCAGACAAACCAAAGUGAAAGACGGCGAUAUUUUAAUUUAUGUGGGUAUAAUUGCAAAUAUGCAAAAAGGAAACACAGAGUUGUCCAUCUCCGGAGCACAACAACAAAAAAUAUCAAAUUGUCUAGAAGUUCUUGAUAGAUUUUUGCAACAAAGGCACCCUAUAGUUUCCAGUUUUGUAAUUUCCACAAAAAGAAGAAACGUGUCGAGUGUGGACGGUAUAAUCGAUGUGGUCGCUGAUAUACUUGGUAUCAAAAACAUUAAGAAUGUAGACCCUAACAGACUAUUGACAGAACUAGAAAUGGAUUCGAUGACAGCAACUGAAAUUGUACAAAAUUUAAAAGUAGAUCUUCGAAUUAACUUAACACCUGAUCAGCUUCAUAAUUUAACCCUUAAAAAGGUAACUGAAAUGGAAUUUGCCCAAAAAAACCUGAAAUCCUGCGGCACAGAAAGAAAUGUUCUCACCAAUGUGAGUAAGGGGUCAGCUACUAACACUACGCUUACUUUGUCUUUACCCGAACGAAGUACUGCGAUGACGAAAAUUCUACCCAGUAAUAUCAAGGGCGAUAUUAACAAGAAAACGGUUUUCAUUUUACCAAGUUUUGACGGAUGUCUUCAAGCUUUCGAACCUUUGGCUAAUAGAGUACCAGGUCGUGUGAGAGGCGUUCUUUACAACUUCAAUAAGUACGAAGAAACAAUAAACGAUUGUGCUAGAACCAUUUUACCUCACAUUGAGGCACACAUUUCAAAGAAUGAGGCGUUUGUUAUCAUCGGUCACCUGUAUGGUUCCAUCGUUGGUCUGGAAAUUGUAGCUUUAUUAGAAGAAAAAGGAUAUGUAGGAAAUUUUAUAUCAAUCGAAGGAUCUCCAAUGUACAUGCAGACCUGGCUGGAAACAAAUUCUUUCCUCAGCGAUCAAAACAAACUACAAUUAUUCAUAAUUUCGAAUUUGUUAACAAUAUUGACAAAGGAUGACGUUAAAAUCUAUAUGGAGAAAAUUGCGCUUAACCUAAAACUGGAUGAAAAACUUGAAACAGCAGCAAAUUUUUUGCCAGUAGAUAUAGACAAGCAAUAUUUUAAGGACAGUGUCUACGUUAUUUACAAACGAUGCAGCGCUUUGAUUGACUAUAGAUUUACUCACGACAAACUCAUAUCGAACGUGUACUUAUGUAAAGCUAAACGACCUCUGGUCACUGGUCUAAAAGACGAUUACUCUUUGUCACAAUUAUGCAAAGGUUUCGUACAAGCUGGCACCGUCGAAGAAGACUACUUGAAGAUUAUUUCCAAUGAAAAAUGUUUCGACUAUUUAGAAAAAUGGUUACACUGCUCUUGACAAUCUAAACUUAGACAGACACAACAUCAACCAUAGCUUUUUUAAUAUUCACUAACUGAGUCUUCUUUUAAGGAACGCAUGCCAGAUCUGAACAAAAUCUAUGUAUUUUUAAGACAAUAAUGAUGAUGAUUGUUUUGUAUUAGUUGAUAUAACACUACAAUUAAAAUUACUU